AUGUCUGACUUAAAAAGUGAACAAAAUCCAGAUAAUACAUUCAAUAUUAAUGGCUCGAACAACGAAGAGCUUCUCAACAGACCUGAACCUUCUGACGUAGGUUCAACUCCAGUCGAAUCUCAACAAUCAAGUGGAGGUCCUAUAAGAAGAAAAAAUAAUUCAAAAUCUCCUAUGGACGAGUUUUUUGAACGAACAAAAGAAUCUCAAACUUGUAAAAUAUGUAAAAAAAUGUAUGCUGGAAUUGGUGAAACCUCGACCGGAACUUUAAAAACUCACUUACGAAGGAAUCAUCAGUCUGAAUUUGAAAGAGGGUCUCACCAGACUGACUUUGAACGAAAAACUAGAACUGUUAAUUAUCGGAGAAUAACUCCGUAUAGUCGUCAAGAAAAUUUUGAACGAAGCAGAUCCAUAAUUAAUUGGAUAGUAUCUACAAUUCAGCCUUUUUCUGUGAUUGAGGAUGAAUCUUUUAUUGAAAUGAUAAAAAAACUUGAUCCUCAUUAUCAUAUGCCAAAAAUACAAUAUAUAAAAUCUCAUGUGAUUAAAAGAUUUCAAACCCGUCGUGAAAAGUUACAUCAUGAUUUAGGAAAUAUUAAAAGUAGAAUAUCUUUAACUGGUGAUACGUGGACUUUGGAAAGUGAUCAGUGCGCGUAUUUUGGGAUUACUGUUCACUACAUUGAUGAUAAUUGGACAUUUAAACGCUUCUUAUUAGAUAUAAUUCCAUUUCGUGACUUUCAUUAUAUGGUAAAUAUUGUUCAAACUUUGACCAAUCUGUUAACAGAAUUUGGUCUUUCUUCAAAAAUACUAGCAUUGACAACAAACAAUGCUCCGUCAAAAUUUAUCUUUGAUCAUGGAAUGGAAAUAAACAAAGAAUUUGAUCAUCUCGGGUUUUCACACUAUCGUUGUGGUGCUAAUGUCCUUAAUAUUGCUGCACGAUAUGGACUUCAAGUUCAUAAUAAUUCAAUUGAAAAAGUUCGAAAAUUCAUUGACAAAGUCAGAAAUUCUAAUCAGUUGAUGGAAGAUUUACGUCGUAUUUUCGAAGAUCAAAACUUGACAUUCUCAAUUCCACAAAUCGAUGUCGAAUCUCAAUGGAAUUCAACGUACUUGAUGAUUGAAAAAGUAAAACAAAUGCAAAUACAAACUGACUUACUUGUUUUACAACAUCCGGAUGAAUUUAUUGAUUCAUACCCUGAUGAAAAUGAUUGGUUAAAUUUAGGUGAAUUACUUAAUGUCUUAUCACCAUUUUAUUCGGCUACCUUAACACUUUCUUCGUCGGUUUAUCCGACAAUGGGUGAUUUUCUGCUUACAUUUUGGAUUUUAAGACAACAUUUACAACAUGAAAUAUCGGUUAAUACUACUCGAUAUAUAGUGGCUGAUUCUAUACUUCGUGUAUUGGAUGAAUAUUGGUCAAUUAUUGACGAAACUUCUAAAAUUGCAUCCAUACUAGAUCCGCGCACAAAAUGUUCCAUUUUUCAACAAGGAUCAGAAACUGAUAAUGUUAUAAAUGCUAUCAGAACUAGAAUGGCUUCUUAUACACCUGAAACUUUAAAUAUUCUAGAAGAUUCUAACUCUAUCAUAACAUCAACAUCAGAUCCAACACUUUUAUCAUCAUAUCAUUCUCAAACGACGUUUAAUAGAGUUGAUGCUCGUGCACAUCUUCGAUCUCUUACAAAUCAAUUCCUUCCAACUACACAGCCUAUUACAAGCAACGAGUUAGAACAAUAUCUUUCUUUACCUAAUAGUGAAGAUUGCGAACCUUUGAUAUGGUGGAAAGUACACAGAAAAAAGUUUCCGAUUCUUGCCGCUAUGGCACAAGACUACCUUACGAUUCAGUCAACAAGCAUUCCUUGCGAACAAGCAUUUUCUAUUUCUAACUCAACUACUUACAAUUUACGAGGGAAAUUAAAUCCAGAGAUUGUCCGAUCAUUUUUAUGUUUACACAGUUGGAUAACUGAAAAUAUUGGUGAAAAUGGGGGUAUGGAUGAUCAAGCAAGUAGUGAUGAUGAUAGCAAUUUAAAAGUGGUUAUGAAAACAGAAAAUAUUAGCGAAGAAUAA